UACUGAUAUGUCUCAUUUAACAACAUAUCUUCAAAGAAAAUAUUUAGUUAGUGAAAUCAUUUAUCACCGCCCUUCUUACCCUCCUCCCUCCCCCCGAUUAGAGUUCAGGUUACAAUAUAGUGAAAUACGCAUUUCUUCAUACUUAAUAAACACACACUUUGUACUUAAUAUGCGGGCGGUGUAAAAUUUAUGAUCACCUUAACUACUAAUUUCCUUAGUUUUUAGGGUGCUUGGAUUUUGUAAAUGAUGUGGUGGAUAACUACGUUGUUGUCACUUAGCAACACUGACUGUUUUUCAAAACUAAGGGUUUGCUUUUGUUUAUAGAGCUGUGUUUUCCUGUCCACGUCAGCAAUAGAAAGUAUUGUAAUUCAGAUAUCCCUACUAAAGCAGAGCGCUCUGCUAGUAUGCUGUUUUUCCUGUAGCAUAGGUGAGACAAUAUCCUCCUAAAAACACAUUUGAGUGCAGGGCUCUGAUUCGCCAGUUGACUCCACACAUGCAGUCCAAUUGCAAGAUUGGGGCCCAAAUCUGUAUAAUUCCAGCCAUAAGGAUACUCUAGUAUAAUAACUGUAAUUAGUGUAGUAAGUGAUUAAAUGUAGUGAACAUUACAUUUGCUAAUUUUGACAUCAGUAAUCGAAAGAAAACUGACAGGACUGCAGUUCUAAUGAUAUAUUUUAACUAGGCAUUUUAUUUUUGUUUAAGCUGUGUGUGCUUAGAUGUUCAAUUUAGCAGUCAUUCAUGGAGAGAAUCAACAGGACUUGAAAUGUCAAAUUUUUUCUUUAGCAAUUGCAGCAUCUCACAACUUUGUGUUCUUUUGUUUUUAAAUAUGGUUACUCAGUGCUUCCAUUUUCUUCUCCCUCCUAAGUCUGUCCUUCUCACAUUCCCUCCAGUGCACAGGGGCUGGUUGCAAUGUUCAUUGGUGUUUAUAAAGCCACAGCACUGUUGCAUUUUUCUUUCUAGCUGUCCCUUUUGCCCAUUUUAGCAAUUGAUCCAGGAGUGGGAGCUGGCUCAACAGUACAUGACUAUGCUCUUCCCUUUACUCUUUUGGCAUUUGCUGCAAAUCUGUAAAUGUUAUGCUCAGUCACACUUUUAAAGAAGUUUGAUAAUUGUCUCUCCUUGUGUGUAUUCUCUUUAGCCUUAUGAGAUGAAGAGAGUUGAGACUUGAAAUCUGAGUCAGCAGAAGGAAUUAUCUGGUUUGACUAGCACAGGUGGUCAGACUCUGCAAGUUAUAUUUGGUUCUGGAAAGAAGAAAUAGAUCAUAUUAGAGAAUAUUCCUUAGUUUACAGAAAGUCUAUCCUUAUGCACGUAUUGAAAGAAAACUCUCUUUAUAGCCUAAUAUAUAAUGGAUUUUGCGUUUCUUGUUUUUGGUUUUAAGUUAAUUAUGAGAGAGUCAUCUCAAUUUUAACUGUUUUCAUACAUCUGUAUAAAAUUGCUCAUAGCAGGAUGGAGGUUAUUUAAUAAACCUUCUAAAGCGUACUUUGCUGUGCUUUUACUAUUACAAAUUAAUGUUGCAUGUUUAGCUAUGGAUAAAGCCAAGCAUGUAUUGUUUAAAAAAAAAAAAAUCAACAUCUGUCCUACUUAGGUGUCUUGUUUCGGUUUGGAUUUUUAUAUUUGACAGGUAUGAUGGCUUACACUCACACUAGAUGGAGUUGUCACUUUUCAAGACUUGGUUUCUUGGAGGAGCGGGGAAAGUAUAGAAGACAUGUAUACCUCUGAGAAACCUUUUCUAAGAAGAUACCUUGGUUCUAUACCUGUCUCGGGCUAUAUGCAAAGAAGUUUCCAGUCAUGAAUUCAGAUGCCGAACAGGAUGCUGCUGUCAAACUUGCCCAAGAACGAGCUGAGAUAGUUGCCAAGUAUGACAAAGGACGAGAGGGUGCCCAGAUUGAACCUUGGGAAGAUGCAGACUACCUUCUUUACAAAGUCACAGAUAGAUUUGGUUUUCUACAUUCAGAGGAGCUUCCUUUUCAUGAUGCAGCAAUAGAAAGGCAAAAGCACCUUGAAAUUGAAAGAACUACAAAAUGGCUAAAAAUGCUGAAAAGCUGGGAAAAAUACAAGAACAGCGAAAAGUUCCAUAGGAGAAUUUAUAAAGGAAUCCCACUGCAGCUGAGAGGCGAAGUCUGGUGUUUACUACUUGAUGUCCCUAAAAUGAAAGAAGAAAUGAAAGACUUUUAUAAUAAAUUAAAACAUCGAGCACGAGGGUCUUCACCAGAUAUCAGGCAAAUCGAUCUUGAUGUAAAUCGAACAUAUAGGGAUCAUAUCAUGUUUAGAGACAGAUAUGGUGUUAAGCAACAAUCCUUAUUCCAUGUUUUAGCUGCAUAUUCAAUAUAUAAUACGGAGGUUGGAUACUGUCAGGGAAUGAGCCAGAUCACAGCUUUACUCCUCAUGUACAUGAAUGAAGAAGAUGCCUUCUGGGCCCUGGUGAAACUACUCUCAGGUCCUAAACAUGCUAUGCAUGGCUUUUUUGUUCCUGGUUUUCCAAAACUCUUGCGGUUUCAAGAACAUCAUGAGAAAAUAUUGAAGAAGUUUUUGUCUAAACUUAAGCAACACUUCGACUCCCAGGAGAUUUCCACUAGCUUUUACACAAUGAAGUGGUUUUUUCAGUGUUUCCUUGAUCGUACUCCCUUUACAUUAACUCUCAGGAUAUGGGAUAUCUACAUACUUGAAGGAGAGCGAGUUCUCACUGCUAUGUCUUACACAAUUCUGAAACUACAUAGAAAACAUCUGCUGAAAUUACAAAUGGAAGAACUUGUAGAAUUUCUUCAGGAGACUCUAUCAAAGGAUUUCUUCUUAGAAGAUGACUUUGUAAUAGAGCAGCUCCAAAAUUCGAUGUCUGAACUGAAACGAGCAAAGUUGGAUCUACCAGCAGCUGCACCCGACAUCGUGGUCUUCCUGUUCGCUACUACCCCCCAAGUGUCUCCUGGUAAAGAAGAUGAAUUUCCAAAGAAGCCGUUGGGACAAAUUCCAUUGGAACCUCAGCCUGCCAUGCUUAAUCUUACUCAUAUGCUCAAUGGACAGAGCAACGCAAGUAGUUCAAGAACACAGACAGCAAGGAGGACAGAAAGGAGACUCUCUCCUGAAAAAGUACAAGAAAAUUCACCAAAUAACCGAAGAAGAAUGAAUUUACUGGAAAGGAAGCCUUCUUUAAAACGACAAAAGCCUGGACCAGUAGACCAGAGUGGGCUAUCUAAGAAAGACGUAGAUAUCAGAAAAAAGCCUCAGUCAACAGUACAAGACAAUUCUAGACAAUAUAACAAUGCAGCUGCUAACCAAAAUUCUAAUGCUACUUCAGAUACAAGAAGGGAAUUUGUACCUAAAUGGAAUAAACCUUCAGAUAUCAAAGUUAUUGAAAAGACUACAAAACUUACUGUGGAGAUAAAAGGUAGGUCAGUAAACCAUGCUAUGUCAGGUACGCCACCAAGUCCUGGUGAACCACAGCCAUUGAAUGUAAAGCAAAAGAUGAGGGGUUUGGAUGCUGAUGAAGGUAAGCGAGGGUCUAACGCAUCGCAGUAUGACAAUAUUCCAGGUGUUGACCAUGAGAAUGAGAAUCCUGUUGAGGAGAUGCUAGAAAGAGCUCAUCCGCAAAUUCCCAGGAAUGUAACAUACUCUAGCAGUCCUAGAAAGCAAGGUGCAAAAAUUCCUGGCCCACUAAAAAUAUCCAACAAUUAUGCCAUCAGUUCCCAACCGAGAAGCCCAAGAUAUUCAUCUCAGUCUGAUGGGUCAGAUCACAGACCAAGUGUUAAACAACCACCACCAUCUUAUAGUAACCCACCUAUGUACCAUGGAAACACUCCAAAGCAUGCCUCCAGCCCAAUUAGUGCAAGUUUUAUACCUUCACAGUAUAAUCAUGGGAAUCGAACCAACACUUCUGGUAGACCGUAUGGUUCUAUCUUUUCAACAGAUUUUUCUCCAGAUAUACCACAUAUGAACUCCUAUCCUGCCAAUCGCCAAAAUCCUAUUUCUCCACCUUCUAGUCGAAUAGAAGUCUUACCUGUUGAUGCCUAUCCUGGCAACUCUAGAUCACCUGCAGGUGUCAAAUUUAUAAUUCCUCCAGUGGAUUAUUUGCCAGACAACAGAAAGAGGCCGGAUGCUGUUUAUAUGUAUAGACAUGAGAUACAUGGGCAGCCCUGGAACCAAGAUGCUAACCAAAGCCACUUGGGUAACUUACAGAAGUAUCCAGCCUUUCAGCCAACACCUGUUCAGGACCAUAAUCUUCCAAAUGUUUCUGUGGAUAGUCCAAUAAGAUAUAGGACUUCACCAACCUUGGAAGAACAUGGUUCAGCACAAUAUCAAUAUUCAGGCCCACCAGCCCCUGCUCAGCACUACAGAAACCAAAAUGAUGGGAUGUCUAUGCAUGAAUCAGUGCUUCUGUGAGAAUCAAUCAAUGCUAACUAAAAAGCAAGAGCUGAAAACAUUAGAUAUAUAUUGCUGUGUUUAUAAUUGUCCAAGUCAGUAUUUUAUACAGAAUGUGGGCAGUUCAUGCAAUUCUCUGAUAAAGUAAUAACAUUAUUUCAAAGCAGUUUUAAACUUUGGCUGAAAGGUAGUUGAGCUUUUAAACUUGCAUUGAACCUAUUGAAAGGGAUCUGAUGCACAUAAACAUAGCAAUAGUAGAGUCGUCUGCAAAAUGUGUCUAACACUACCAUGUUUCUGAAAUUUAAAUAAUUUGCACAGAGCUAUGAUAUUUCUGCCUAGCAACUGUAACACAUUUGCAAGCUGUAUUUUGACUGACAUUAGAAUGCAGUAAGUGUGCUUGUGCAAAUACACAACCAUGUACAUGGAGAAGAACUAAAGAGUCUAAAAUGUAGAUGCAUUUACUCUUGAGCUAGGUUAGUGAAGUACUUUUAUUUCAGUUUAAUUAUUUUCUUUGUAAUUUAUUUGAUAAAUGACCCAUUCAUUUUGGAUGGCCUUCCCUGUCUUUGUAUACAAACUGCUUCAGUAACCCAGGAUCUGAUUGAAGUUGAAGAGAUGCUCUGGGUUGUUAAUGUAAUCUUACAUGGGAUGCUAUUUCCCAGUUAAUCUCCAUUCCUUUGGCUGCUAUCUUGCCUUUCCCUCAGCCAGAAGGAACAGACAAGCAAAACCAUGGAGCCAAAAAGGGUGUCACUCUGUUCUGGCUGACAAAUGGUGCUUAAAAUCAGGGCAGUCUGAGCGUAGCAAGUCUUUAGGGUAUGGGUGAACUUUCAGCACGGAAUCUGUACCUUUGUACCCAAAUCCAAUGUUGCAAAGCAAUGCUUUGUGUUCCCAUUUAAGUCCUCUGAACUAUUUGAGCACAACGUAUACAAUGCUAGAAGCAGAAACAGAACUGCAUUCUCAUGGCAUGCAGCCUUCCCAUGGGAUCUAACUUAGCAAACCAGUCAUAGUGUGAGCUACUGGAUUGCCAAAUAGUCCUCUUAUUGGUACAAGAGUAUUGCCCGUCACUUGAAACUUGGGGGCAGAAUAUGGAGGUUGUGUAGCUAUUUUGACCCUCUGUGUAUGGCGUAGGGUUGCCAACCCUCCAGGAUUGCCAUGGAGUCUCCAGGAGUUAAAGAUGAAUCUUCAAUUAAAGAUUGUCAUGUGAUGAAACCUCCAGGAAUACAUCCAACCAUAAUUGGCAAACCUAGUGCUAUAUGCAUGCAUUCAGUGCUCUUUCCCAUGAGCUCGAUAAUGUCCGUUCAAUGACAUUUUGCUUUUGCCCUCCUUUUUCCAGAAAGCAAUAGGUUCAUGUCCAGGGUUGGGCAAGUGCUGCUGCACUGUCAGGCCAUUGAGAGAUUGUGCGAUGUGCAACCCUGACUGUUAAUAAGAAGCUUAAUAGACUCUUUGUCAUUAAAUAUUUUUUUUAAAAUUAGUGUUUGCAGCCUUUUGUACUCUACAUUCUCCUUGGCUUUCAUCCACUGUGAAAAGAAAAAAAUUGCAGAUUAAGUGGCGUACUUGGGGUGCAGGCUUGUGAGCUGCUGAAUGUAGGAAUUACUAAGCACUCUGAACUCUCAUUGAAGUUAAUGAGAGCUGAGGGUGACAAGCCUCUUGCAAGACUGAGUCCUUAGAGCUUUUAACAGAAAAGAUUUAUAAUACUUAAAUACCAAAACACUGGUAGGUUCUGGGACGCUUAAAAAUCAGUCUUUGUUUGGGGAGGUUUUUGUCAUUUGCAUUUUCUUGGGGUGCGUUAGCUAAGUACAUUGAACACUAGAAAACAGAAAAAAAAUUCUGUUAAAGAAGGAGCAGUAGUGCCUAUUCUUGCUGCAGGUUAGCUGUCUAGGUUUUAAGGUACAAAAGUAAAAUGUUUUUUUUUAAAACAUGGAAGUAACGUUGAGUAUAUUUCACACACUUCUUUUGUGUAUAUAAUGAGCGGUGUAAUUUUUAAUGAACUGGGCAGUUUUAUAUUUUAAAGAUUGCAAACUGCAGUGAAGUAACAGUAGCUAAGCACUACACUGAAAAACUCUAAACUGAAAUUGAGAUGAUGAAUAUUACUUGGGCUUACCUUAGUUCCGAUUGCUUAUAGCAGCUUAGCAAUGUAUGUAUAUAAUGUGGUUAAGUGUAAUAAUCCCAAAGUUUUAACCAUGGUUCUGUGAUUCAUAAUAAAUAAAGCUGUACAAUUUACUUUGUGCUAGCAGCCUGGGACUGCUCCAAAAUAUGUAUCAACACUAGUAAAUACUGUAGAUUUUUAUAUAUAAAAUAUAUACACACUAUUUUCUUAUGUCAUCUGCAACAGUUUUUUAACUGUGUAUUCUAUUUUGAUGUGGUUGCAUUUUUAACAUGUAUAAUAAUAAUAAAGUCUAUGUUAUGUGUC